CCUGUAGUUGGCAGCUAGGUACAUAAGGUCAAGAUAACGAGCUGAACCAUUUUAAAACGUUAUAGAGCAAAGCAAACCAAUAAUAGAAAUUCAAAUUGUAAGAGUUAUCUCAACUUGUCCUUCCAGUAGCCCUGGAAUGUCAGUAUUUUCGUCGCAGAUAGGACAUUAUUGAAUGUUGAUAACCUCGAAAUGAAGUUGUGUGUAUUGGGCAUUCGAGCUUUGGAUGGGUACUAUAUCACCCCGAUACACAGUGAACGUUUCGUCAGCCUGAUCUAUAAAUAUUCAUCAAUCGAACGAGUAACGAAGCUAUCGGAUCAGGAAAAUAAGUGAAUAAAUCGGAAAAGAACAUCCGACAUGAGUUGCGUGCGCAAAAGUUUCCCUGUUUCCUAUUUUCCUCCAUGCUGACAAUUGCAGUCGGGCAGAAUAUAGGUGCCGAAAAGUUGUGAAUUAUAAAUCGAGAUGGAGGAGAACGAAAUAGAAAAUUCUCCAGUCAGUUCUGGACUGCGAAGUAGGAAAACCAUAUCCAAAAUCGUGCCCAAGAUAGUGCCGAAAACUGUGUCGCCAAACUUGAAGAAAACUUUCGUCGAGUACUGUGAAAGUUCUACGAUUCAGGGAUUGAGUUACCUGGUUAAGGAGUCUUCCGCAUUCGAAAAGAUAUGGUGGUACACCACAAUCGGUCUGUGUAUAGCUGGAUGUAUAUACAUGAGCUAUGGAAACUACGUUAACUGGAAAGAAAAACCCAUAAUUGUGUCCUUAGCUACCAAAGAUGUUGGUAUAUGGGAAAUACCAUUUCCCGCCACCACAAUAUGCCCUGAAACUAAGAUUGGAAUCGAUUGCUUGAACUAUACCGAAGCAUUGAAAGCUAGAAAAGCUGGAAUUACUCUGAAUGAGACAGAGCAACAAUUUUUUGACUACAUGUCCCUCACAUGCCUGGGGAGUAAUUAUGGAAAUUUGUCAGAGGGGCCAGCAUUUUUUGAUGACGAUUAUUAUGAAUUUCUUGAUCAGUGUAGAUCCGUUACGCUGGAAUUCAGUUAUUGCAAAUGGAUGGGUAGAACCUAUAAAUGUGAAGAUAUUCUGAAACCAAUAAUGACUGAUGAAGGAUUAUGCUAUAACUUCAAUAUGUUCGACGUUUACGAUAUCUACACCGAUGAAGUUGAGAAGCACGAAUGGGACAUAGAUCGCAAUGUAACGUACGCUUGGGAUCCAGAAGAUGGAUACGAUAAAGACUACUUUUUAAAUGGAACACCAAAACGUUCGGUGGAGCCAGGAGCCAAAAAUGCCCUGAUGGUUGCCCUAUUCACUAGAAAACAAGACAUUAUCAGCUCAUGUCGGGACUAUUCAAAUCAAGGAAUGCGAGUUUCUCUUCACAUGCCCAAUAGAAUCCCCAGACCGAGUGAGGUAUUUUUCCAUGUAGGGUUGGAAAGUUUAGUAUCUGCUUCGGUUCUUCCAACCAUGUCCUACACAUCGUCGGACGUGAAAAGCUUCGAUCCUGACGUCAGGAACUGUUAUUUUCCCAAAGAGAGGAAGUUGAAAUACUUCAAGGGAUAUUCGCAGAAUAAUUGUAACAUGGAGUGCAACACUAACUACACGAAGAAUGCUUGUGGAUGCGUCGCUUAUUAUAUGCCAAGGGACAAUAGCACACCAGUUUGUGGUCUUUCUAAGUUGAGUUGCUUGGAGACAGCUUCAACCUUCUUAUCUCAACAAGAUGCCGAUGAUGAUAUUGUGUCUAUUCUCGAUUCCUGUGAUUGUAGGCCACUCUGUGUAGAUAUUACAUAUGGCGUUGAGCUAUCGGACGAUGAAUGGCACUGGUAUGAACAAGUACUGGUGCAGGAAACCAAUCAAAGUACAUUGAAGGCUCUAGAAAGUUACACCGUAUCAGCAGUGAGGAUUUUCUUCAGGGAUUCGUUUUUCCUGCCAAAACAACGGCGAGAACUGUUCGAAACCUCUGAUUUGAUCUCGAACUUCGGUGGUAUUCUCGGACUGUUUACAGGAUUUUCACUGUUUUCCCUAGCGGAAAUUAUUUACUUCGUGGCGAAACCACUUAUCCAGAGUUUCCAAAAACAACCAGAAGUCCGAAACUCCCAAGUUAUCGAAACAUGAGAAGCCGGUCUUCGUUUUGAAUGUACCAUAGAGUGCCAUGUAUAAUCAGAGGCUAAUGAACAAGGAUAGGUUCACCAAGAAGCGUUUUACUUCACCAGAAUUAUGUCCAACUUUUAAAAUUAUAGCAUUUCCUUCCAUUAAAGAUUUUCAAUAUAUAUUUAUCACUCCUUAAUGAUAAA